AGCUUUAGCAUGCAUCAUGUGGCAGGCCGUGAAUUCUACGAGUUGCAAGCAACUGUGUUGUAGUAGUAGCAGCAGAAGGCAGAACACUUCACGCACACACUCACUGUGUUUUUAGGAACUCUAUAGUGGUUGGUGCAUCUACUGUAUAGCAGUCCGUAGUCCGCACUUCUAGUCUACAUUUAUAUUCGAGGAAACUUGUCCGGGAACAUGCCGUACACUUGCUGAGCGGGGAGCACAUUUGAGGACAUGCAAAAGUCGGACGACACACAGAUGUUGACAGCAAUUGGCCAGCCCUCUCUUUCAAAUUGGUUGAUAUCUCCUGCUUGUCGGCGCUCAAGAUAAAUCUGGCUGUUUGGGAGUUAUAAAUACACGCACUGAGAUCUGUAUCACGGUCAGUGAUAUAGCUUCACACAUGAACUGAUGCUUAUUUCUGAAUCACGACCGUCCAGUCAAGUUCAACGCGUACAUUCUUUGGCGCAGAUGAUCUGGGACAUGUGAACAAGUGCACCAGACUAUCUGGUCAUUAUUUUGAAAGAUUAAUUAACAGACUACCAGUACUCCACAUAAGGUGCGUUCCUUCAUCCAGGAUAUACAGAGAGUGACAGAUACUCAGCAAAACCCCCGACAGUCACGGCGAUAGACACUGGGAGACACACAGAGAGCCAAGAUGGGGCGUAAGAAAAUACAGAUAUCAAGGAUAAAUGAUGAGAGAAAUAGACAGGUCACCUUCACGAAGAGGAAAUUUGGCCUGAUGAAGAAGGCGUACGAGCUCAGCGUGCUCUGCGACUGCGAGAUCGCGCUGAUCAUCUUCAACAGCAGCAACAAGCUGUUCCAGUACGCCAGCACAGACAUGGACAAAGUCCUGCUGAAAUACACCGAGUACAACGAACCACACGAAAGCAAGACCAACCAAGAAAUCAUUGAGUUGCUGAACAAGAAAGAAAACAAAGGCUGUGAUAGUCCGGACCAAGACGUAGAGGGCUACAACUGCACGUUGACACCGCGCACAGAGGCCAAAUACAGCAAAAUCAAUGAGGAAUUUGACCGAAUGAUGAACGGAAACAUGUCAAGGGGUCAAGCGAUGGCCAACAACUACCCAAACUCCAUGCCCGUGGCAAUCCCCAUUUCUGAGCAGCAGCAGCAGCAGCAUCAACAACAGCAGCAGCAGCAGCAAGCACACCAGCACCAGCAGAUGACGCACAUCUACAACAACAGCCCGCCCAGCCAGCCCACGCUGGUCAGCAGCCCCCAGCUGAUGCAGCCGCCUGCCACGGCUCCCCGACAGAGCCUGAGCCCCCAGCCCCCGAUGUCACGGAUCAGUCUCAGCCCGCAACCACAACAACAGCAGCAGCAGCAGCACCAUCACAGUCCACACAUGAGGACCAGUCUAAGUCCACAGCCUAGCAUGAUGAGGAAUACCAUCUCGCCUCAACCGCCUCGUCCUGCCAGCACAGGGUGCUUGGUGAGCGUUAGCGAGGACCCCGACAAAACAAACAGCAGAGACAAGACAGACUCCGAGCAACGAGAAGGAGGUAACACGUAUCUGGGACCUCCACACAGCUCCGGUGUCAUGAGUCCCAUAUCACCCAACAGUGGCACCAACAACAACCUCCCACUGAAAUCCAUGAACAAGCAGCAGUUCACGCAUCGACAUGGGCUCAAGGUUGUCAUACCCACGUCAAGACCCGGCCUGCAAAACAAUAUUGGAAUCUCUUUAAAUCAGUCGUUAGCCACACCCACUGUGUCAUUAACCACGCCCAGUAAUCCGCACGGCGUAAUACCAAACUACCCAUCAGCCCUACCGACAGGAUACCACACAGGAACCGAGUUCCAGUUGACAAGUGCCGACCUCAAUCAGAUCAACUUCAAUUCGCCCAGUGGGCUCACGAUGCCCAACUGGCACACCCAGUCCACCCAGGCAGGACCACUCACGGCGGCGAUACAGGCCGCAGGAAUCACGGGCCAUCCACUGAGUGUAUCCACGUCAUCCAUGCCGGUCCAGAACUCCUUCACCACCCCGACGUCCAUCAAAUGCGAGCCCCUGUCGCCCCCGAGGGACCGCAAGCUCAACCCCCAGAUGAUGCCCAACCAGCCCAGUACCUCGCCGGGGCCGGCUGACCCCAACGGUUCACCCCAGUACAGCGAUCACGGCGGGCGCGCCUUAGUGGAUAAAGACCUCCCGCCUUCCAAACGGCCCAGAAUAUCGGAGGCGUGGGUCCGGUGAACAGGUCUCCGAUGUUUUUAAUUUUUUCCUUCUCUGGCCUUUUACCAAAUUUAGUUCCUUUGUUUUAUAAAGGCAAUCACCUCCAUUUUUGAGGAAGUCUUAUUUUGUUUUUUCUUAAUGACAAGGGGCCACUAAUUUGCAGUGGAAGAAGAGCAUGUGUAUACUUCAAAGCUGUAGGUUUGUUCCAGUCUUUUAUUAUUAACCAAUAUAUUAUUAUCUGUAAUGUCACUAUAAACUAAAUAGUGCAUUUAAACCAUGAACCGUAUCACGACUAGUGGGGAGGGGGGGGGGGGCACAGUGUUUCUCUCCCCCCCCCCCUCCGAAACUUCUUGUAAUAACUCUGGAACCUUUAGCUGAUCAGCACGAAAUUUGGUGACUUUUCUUAACUUCAGGGGUCAAUAUGAUUCCAUACAAAUUAUGUAGUGUUGACAGCUCAGUUUACGUGGCAGCAAAAGUUAUAAGCCCUUCUGGCAUUACGGGAUGUUCUAUAAUUGUUUUUCCUCAAUUUUUUUAAAGACUAAUCUCUUACAAAAAGAAACCUACAGCUUCUGAAUGUGUAUUAACACAGAUCUCCAUUACUUCUACUGCAGUCCAUUCAAAUUAAAAACAAAACUUCCUAGUUUAGGAGGGGUGGGGGUGACUUUAACCCCCCCAAAAAAGAAAGUUACUGCCCAGAUUUUCUUCCAAAAGGCUGAAGAUGCUGUAAAGUAUUUGUUCGUAUACAUUUUGUAAUCUUGGGUUGUCGUGUUUUUUUAGUAAACGGAGUGCACGUAACGCACUUUGUGUGGAUAUCUCUGUGUUAACGUAUAUCUGCACAAGUUGUCUGUCAGUGGGGUAUUGUUUUUGACGUCAGUACAGAAAUACAGCUGCACAGUGCACGCGACCAAUAUCUUCUCAAGCACCCCUUUCCACCCCUCAGAAACUAAAAUUAUUAAACAGAAUGUCUUGUAAGAAUGGAGUGUGUUACCCGUUUUCUUUUCUUGUUUUGUCUCGUACUUUGAGUUUGUCUUGUGGCUGUGCCAUUGUAACAAGAGAAUUGAUUUUUGGUGUUUUUGUUCCUUUGUGAUGUGAUUCAAAUUUGUAUUGACUUAAAAAAUAAAAAAAAAACGAUUAUUUUUUAGAAAAAGAUGUUUAUACACAAAACAAUUGGGGGCUGGGCCCCAACAGAAUUCUUUGCUUUGUGUGGACUAGCAUAGAGAUGUAUUUAAUCACAAGCGAAAUAUUUUAUUUUUGUUGAAAUUUGCAAAAAAAAGCUGUAAAUUAGGCUUUUAAUACAGAUGUAUACAAAUUGUUUCUCUAGAUUUGCAACAACUCUCUUGAAAACCUUUUGCGUUGAAUCAGUGAUUUAUCCAAUAUUUGCAAUGAGUUCUGUAAAGGUUAAUUCCUUUUUCCAAUUUUGACUUGCUUUUUCCUUAUUUAGAACCAACUGACGUAAGCAAGGGUGAGAUUUGUCAAGAUUUUGUUCCUAAUUUCAGGACUUUUCAUCGGGAAUUCUUCCGAUUUCAGGAUUUUGAAAGAGUCCCUUUUUAAUCUGUAAUCCCUGAGGGUUUUACCGUAAAGGUGUUUUUACCUUUCAAAGUUUAAUAGAACCCCCCAAAAAUUGGAUAUUUUAAGAGAUGCCUUUAGGCAAAGUACAAACAUAUACCACAGACCCUACGUUGCCCUGCUGCCCCAGGGAACCUCAAACCCUUCGCUGAUUAUUUUGUGGAUUUUUCAUUCGAUUAAAAAUUGAAGAACAUAUAUGAUCCUUAUUUGGAGUCAAAAUUUUUUCCUUGAAAGCACAGAAAUGUCCAGCCUUUUCAUAGAAUGAAAUAACUUGGGUUGCCCAAUAUUUGCAUAAAUACCUAUAAAUACAUGCAAAUAUUUAGAUUCUAUUCAUGAGCACAAUGUAGCUCUCGUUAAACUACGUGUAUAAUGUAUGACCCUCGCGCCAAAUAUCUGUUCUUCUUUCCUUCUUUUUUCUCUCCAAAUAUUGGAGUAUUCUGUUCAGCAGUUUGUGAAUAGCGCAUCUUUUUGUUUUUUGGAUUGAGUAUACAUGUACAUGUAUCUUGUAGACUUUCUGUUCCAUUGACUUAAUGUGUUUUGUGUUACACAAGACGGUUAUUGAUGUAUAUUAUUUUGACUUUAAUAGCUAUUUUAGAUUUAUAUUUCAAAAAAAUGGAUGUUCUACUAUAUAAUUUGUGUGUAUAUAGCAUUCAAUUAACUUAACAGGACUAGGAUGCUGUUUUUGUAUACAAAGUAAUUAUUAAAAAAAACAAAAUAGCACACUAGUCAACUACUUUCUAUAAAAAAAAUAUAAAAAAAAUUAAUGAAAACUACAUUGAAAUAAAUGAUUUUUUUAAAAAAGACGAAUGAACUGGAAUAUGUUUUUUAAGAUCAGGGAAAAAGAUUGGUUUAUAAAGCAGCUGUAGAAAGAUAUGUGGUUUUCUUUAAAAAAAUACAAUUUCAGAUUGACAUGACUUUAAAUAUUCAACACUUCCAAAUGGGGAAAUAAUAUCUGUACAAAUGUAAUACAAAUGAAAGUGUAUAAGAAAAAAGGAAAAAGGAAACAUGAAAAUGUUACAAUAAGAAAAUCUGUAUAUGGGAUGUUGAACUUCACUAAAUGUGUUAUCUUUAUUUACAGUUAUUUCAAAGUAUAAUCCAUAUUAUUAUGGCUGUCAAGAAAGUUAUCCAAACGAUGUGCAAAGUAUUCUUUGCCCCCACCCCAAAAUAGGACUGCUUUGUUUGAAAUCAGAAAAAUCUUGAAACAUGCUAUCUCUGUAUCAAAACUUGUAAUGCACAUGUUAACUUCGGGUCAAUAGAAUACUGCAGCUAUUUUCUUACUAAAGCAUAGAUCUAAAACAAACUCAAAUCUAUUGAAAUUGUAUGUAUAUGUACAGUUCAAACAGGGGCAAGGUAUUCUGUGCCACACAAUCUACCGUUCAGAUAUAUAGCUGAUGAAUAUCUUACUCACAGAUCUUAUAUUAUAGUACUGAAUAUUUUUCUGGCAGUGGUGAUACACAAUUCUGUAAAUAGCUCCAUAUGGGAAUAUGUCAUUUGUCAUUCGGGUUUUGUGGUAACUGGCAUGGCUGGUACAAAUUUUUUUUUUUAACCCAGGGCUCAUGUCUAGGUCUGACAACAAAUAUCCAUUUAGCCCCGCCCACAGUGGGCAACAUGUCUAGGUCUGACAACAAAUAUCCAUUUAGCCCCGCCCACAGUGGGCAACAUGUCUAGGUCUGACAACAAAUAUCCAUUUAGCCCCACCCACAGUGGCAACAACUUGUGCAUCUCCAAUGCCACACUGCAUGUUCAAGCAACACAGGUCAUAUGCACAUGUAGUCUGGUUCCCAGACCAAAAGAUUCCGACUAUUCUGUGGUCAGGUAGCCGCAAGGGUUAAAAUAACAAAACUGACCAAAACUGGGCAGGAUCCUUUGCAAAAAUGUCCAAAUUUUGCCGAACAAAUUUCAUUGACACUUGGAUAUGUUCGCAACAGUGUAAAAUAGUUUCUAUUUUUCAACAAUAUACCUGUCAUGUUUGUUAUCGGUUUUGAAAAAAAAGUUCAUAAAUUCAGUGCUUGCAUUUAAAAAGAUGCAAUGCCAGGUAUAUUAGCAAGAAUCUGUAUUAAAUGUCCAGUGUGCAGACGUUGUGUCUCGUGCGAGGGCUGUUGGGCUGUGCUGUGUUAUCUUCUAGUUUUGAAUGUUGUGCUUACCUGACCUAAGAUUUUGUCAGAAUGGUUAGAAUCAUUUGGUCUGGGAACCAGACUAACGCACAUGUCAUCCUUGUGCACGCAUGUCAGACAUCAGUCACCGCUGUAAUUGGUCAAAACAUUGGAAGGGGCUUCAUUGAACCCUCUCUGUAAAAUCUGUACAGUUGCUGUAAAAUGGAGGCUCUGUUGUGCGCUUAGCAGUGCCAUGAGACUGGGCCAAGGUGGUUUUACUUGUUAAAAGCUGUCACUACUAUUCACGUGCCACACACCCAGCACCUUGUCGUAACCCCCUGUUCUUCCUUUUCACUGGUUCUCUGUUCUCCCUCUCCCUUCGUCCCACCCAAGUUGACCAGAGACUUAAUAAUGUCACACCAUGUUUCAUUGCGUAACAUUCUUAGAGCCAGGUGGGGGACUCGCGAUUGUGUCAUGAAUUUUCAUGAUUGGAAUAUUGUCCCUAUCUGUAGCAUGCGACAAACACCAGAACUACAGUUUUGCAAGUUCCCAUCACAGACUUUGGGCAGAGCAUUCUGUCUGGAACGUUGCGGUCCCCUAUUCUUUUCAGAACUGCAUAUGGUGCAACCGCAUACUUUACUCUAAUUGCUGACUUUACCAUGCAACCCUUCAAAUCUUAUUGAAAGCAACAGGAGUGGGGUGAUCAAAAUUAGAACUAAACUUCCAAAACAACCCUCAAAAUGACGACCGUUUGCGGUCUCAAUUUCAUCAAUAUACCCCACAAAUACCAAACGAAGAACCCAACAAUCUGUGUGGUGGUCUGCACCUGGCUCCCACAAUGCAUUGCGAAAAACAAACAAAGUGUAACAUCAUCACACCUCCGAUCUAUUCCUCCACACAGCUGCCGCUUUCUUUACAAGCUUGUACAAAAAUGCUUUAUCUAAAAAUACACUUCAGUAAUAAUGACUGCAUCAGUUAAACGCCCGUAUAUAUUGUGUAUUGGUAUUUCCUUAACAGUUGUAUAACGACAUUUUAAAGACAAAAAUCUGGACCAUUUUAUUAAUCCAAUCCCUAUUUUCUGUACAAACAUUCUUUUGCUUGACCAACGGUGGAAUAUCGCGAUUCUGUACAUACUCUGAAAAAAAAAGUAUUUUAAUUGUGCAUGUACUUUAAUACAGAAGUAUUUUGCUUUGGUUUUUGAAUAAAGCAAGUCCUAUAGAUGAUAUUUUCUUUUCGGUUUUUAAUAGUUUGAUUUUGCAUUGUGUAACACAGGUCAUUUUGUGUUUGUUAAGAAGUAGGACUUUACAAAAUCUACAUUUCCCUCCCAAAAACCCCAACAAUCAAUAUUUGGUUUCAAAGCAACUUAGAAAGACAAUUAAAAAAAAAGAACAUUGCCUUUGGUUUCUUAAACUGCAUUCUGUGGCUGUAAUUUCAAUUGAUUCCAAAGCAGUUUCAGUAAAUUGAAAAGGUUUUUUUUGUAAACAUGACCUUUUUUUUCCUCGUAAAACAUUGUUUUAUUAAAACCUUGAUACGAUUGUCAUAUUUUCUACUAAGUAAAAUUACGUUAUGUCCAAAAUGAUUUCUGAAGGUUAAUGCAAUGAAAAGUGGUUGAAGUAAGUGUGCAGUGAAUUCUGGCGAAUAUGUUACCUGCUCUGAGAAACUGGAAAGAACAUUGUUUAAAAACUUGACAAUUUGUUGGCUUUUUGCUUAAACAAAAAACUAAGAACUCCCCUUUUGAAAGACACAUAUGUUAAUAAAAUAGAACAUGCCACUGAGAAGUUGCCAGCAACAGUUCAUACUGUACAGUUUGUCCAAAAAAAACCACCUGUUUAUGGGAUUAAAAAAAAAACAUAACUACAGUUUUAAAAGGCCUAAAUCAGUUAAACCACACCUAAGACCAAUUCCACAUUUUAAAAAACCUCUGUUUUCAAAGAGCACGUUACAUAACAUGGCAGGAGUCAAUGGUACAUUCACAUCAGCUGCCUAUGAUGGAAACCAGCAAAGACCGAAAACCAGUCUUCUAUCGUUACCAAUCAAAAGAAAGUGAUGAAAAUCAAAACAUCGAAAUUGUGAUGGUUGAGCUUGAAAUUCAAAAGAUUCCAUUCAAAAUGUAAUGUGACAAUUAUCAGCUGUUGACUUUUAUAUAAUUUUGUGAACUUAUCCUGUUUUUUUAAGGAAAGUUCAAAUUUAAGCUCGAUUGUUUUGUUUUUUUAAACCAAAGGUUUUUACAGGAGUGAUGUUGUUUUUGACCACGAAUGAUGAUUUGUACAUUUUAUUGUAAACUGGAAAUGCGAUGUGGGGUUAUUUUUAAAAAAAAAAGGGGGGGGGGGCUUUUUUCCCGAAAUUAUAAAUGACUGUUAAGUUAAAGAGACCAAAAUUAGGGCAAACUUUGUGCUUGCCAAGGGGAUUAAAUGUUGUUUACCCAUGGUGUUGAAUUAUAAAUUCAUGUCAUUGUAAAUAGUUUACAUUUCUCUUGUUUAAAUGUCACAAUCCUCUGUUUGUUCGACAUCUCAGUGUUUUUACUUUUUGGGGUUUUCAUUUUAUUGUUCCAUAUUUUGAGUUGCAAAAUUUGGUCAUGUGUUUUGGAGGUCACCAUAUAUUAUCUGUACAUCAUGUGUUAAUAUGUUGUAUGCAAAUUGAAAUGCCUGUACAAAAAAACAAAACAAAAAAGACAGAGCAAAAUUGUGUAGCACGUCUGUACAAUAAAACAGAUUUUGAAAGUAAAGCCAAGGCAAUUUGAGGCAUUUUCAUUGAGGAAAAAAGCAGGGAUCCCAAUAUCCGAAUAUCGUCUUUUUUUAAGGUAACCCAAAAAGGGUGAAGUAUGAAUAAUUGAAUAGAAAAAAGCAAACAUAUUUUUCUGCUAGGCUGUAAAUUUUUUCGUCAGCUCAUCUAAUUUGGAUAGGAUUAAUUUGAAAAAUAUGCCAACAAGCCAUCCUCAAAAACAGAAUAAUUCUCUGUCUGUUAGGUUUUUUUUCCUUUUUGUGAAAAGGAUAUCAAACAAGGCCUCAUUAAAUGCAAUUGAGCCAUAGAAGUUCAGAAAAUCGUGAAUUUCAGGUUUUUUCCUUGUUUUCUUUUUCGACCUUUAUUUGUGUGAUUCCUGUUUACCUCUUAGUGAACUGCCUUCAUUAAAUUGACGGCCCUACAUUCAAAAAAAGCUAAUCCUAUAUGUAUACAGAUAUUCUAUGUUAACAGGUUUGACACGUGUACAUUGAAAUGGAUUGUAAUAUUAAAAACAAUAUUUGAAAAUAAAGUAACUUCACUCUUGCUAUAUCAAGGGUGUCGAGGUUUAAUUUUGUACUGGCUUCAUUGUAUACUGUGUGAACAUUGAAACAAAGACACAAAUAUAAACACAUGAUUAUUUAUUAAGCUUGUAUUGUAUGUUAAUGCUACAAGUAACAAUGUUGAUAUGACUAUCGAGAAAAAAAACUUAAUGUAGCAAAAUUUUCAAAAAAAAUUAAAAACUAAAAACUAAAAAAAAAAUGUUGUUAUACCAUGAACUGACAACCUCUCCAUUAAAAUGCAUUAACAUUGUUAAUCAGAGGUUGUAAGUUGGUGGGUUCAGUGAAGAAAUGUGGAAAUAGGGAAGAGAAUGUUUAAACAAAAGUAAAUACAACUUUGUCAAAAAUACUUCCCAGUAUUAAUAUCAAAUAUGGAGAUAUAUAUAUUUUUGUUGGAUUUUUGAUGGGGUUCUAAGCAAAUUAGUGAGUUUUUUCAAUAGAAUUUCAAACAGCUUUGAAUGUUGACGUUAUACAUCUGCUUUUAAUUACCACUUGUUUGCCUACUUUGUACCAUAUUAAAAAAAAAUCACUUUGUGGAGUUAUUGAAGAAAAAAAUAUACAAAGUUUACCUCA